CUUGCAAUAAGAUAUGGCUGCUUUAGCUGUCGGUAUUUUAAUGAACGGCAUGUUACAUGUGAACAUCUGAUACCAGUAUUUCGUUUCGAGUCGAAUUAUAUCAACAUAAGAUAUAUACAUUUAUAUCUCGGGGCGUACGGCCAUCUAUAACUAGGACUUUCAUUGUGCUGGUGUAGGAGCAUGAGUCGCUUAGAUCCAUCCCCAUUGACGUAGAUAGACAUUGAGGAUACUGCCGGGAUAGUUACUUUUACGAGAAGUUGCAGGUACGCAGGAUCUUCAGAGAAAGGUUUUCACGAACAGGUAAAAAUGGCGGAUGGAAAACAGGCGAAUGCGCGUGGAAAUUGGAACAAUUGGUACGAGUAUUUAUUUUCCUGCAUUGGCUGUCUGGUCGGACUCGGAAAUAUCUGGCGAUUUCCCUACGUCUGCUACAAAAAUGGAGGAGGUGCCUUUCUCAUUCCCUACUUUUUCUUCAUGGCUGUGAGCGCCCUACCAUUGAUGCUUUUAGAGAUAUCCUACUCACAGUACUCCAAUCUAGGGCCUGGCAGAGUCUGGAUAUGCUGUCCUCUCUUCAAAGGUAUCGGUUACGGCAUGGUGACCUUGACCGGUAUUGUCAGUAUCUACUACAAUGUUAUCCUAGCCUGGACGCUCUAUUACUUCGGAAUGUCCUUCUCCUCGGUCCUGCCCUGGAGCCAUUGUAACAAUGAAUGGAACUCUCCGGACUGUUACACACGUAUAGGCCGGACAAAUAAUUCUGUGACAUUUAACACCACCGGAGAAACGUACAACAAAACGGAAAACAGGACAGCCAUGACAUCUAGUGAAGAGUUCUGGCAACGAAAUGUCCUUGAUAUUUCUGACAAUGUAGAAACUAUGGGAGGCAUUCGAUGGCAGCUCGCCCUUGCAUUAUUUGCCGCGUGGAUAGCAGUGUUUCUUUGUCUCAUCAAAGGAAUAAAGACUUCCGGAAAGGUAGUCUACGUGGCAGCGACAGUUCCUUACAUAUUCCUCCUCACACUCUUCAUACGUGGAAUGACUUUGCCAGGCUCUAAAGAUGGACUUCUAUUUUACCUCAUUCCCAGGUGGUCAGACCUUGGCAAAUUAUCGGUUUGGGGUGAUGCGGCCGUUCAGAUGUUCUACUCGGCAGGGAUAGGGUGGGGUGGCAUGGCCACUCUAGCUAGUUACAAUAACUUCAACAACAACUGUUACAGAGAUGCCAUGCUACUUCCCUUACUAGACGCCUUGACAAGCUGGUUUGCGGGGAUGGUUAUAUUCGCUACUCUCGGCUACAUGGCCAACGAGGCUGGGGUACACAUAGGCGAUGUCGUAGCUAGUGGUCCUGGUAUAGCUUUCAUGGUUUAUCCAGAAGCAUUAUCAACACUCCCUCUACCCCAGCUCUGGUCUGUCCUGUUUUUCCUGAUGUUGUUCACUGUUGGCUUGGACAGUCAGAUGGUCCAUGUGCAGACUAUUACGGGAGCUUUGACGGACAACUUCCCAAAUUUAUUUCGGAGCAGAAAGACCACUCUGACGGCUGGUGUGUGUUUGACUGGUUUUCUACUCGGAAUACCGUGUGUCAUGCAGGGCGGUAUCUACGUCCUGACGUUGAUUGAUUGGUACUGUGCCAGUGUGUCCGUGAUGUUCCUCUCUCUCCUUGAAGUAGUCGUUAUUGCAUGGGUUUAUGGAGCUGAUAGACUGAUGAAAGACAUUGAAAUGAUGAUUGGAUAUAGACCAAACCCUCUCUGGAAGAUAAUGUUGAGGUUUAUAGCACCAUCGAUAAUAUUUUUUAUCUGGGUAUUCAGUGUUGCGAAACUCGAACCUGUGGAGUAUGACGAACAGAGCUACCCGGAGUGGUCCAUUUCGAUUGGCUGGUUUAUAGCGAUUAUGUCCCUUGUUCCAAUACCCGUUGGCAUAGUGCGAGAACUGUUCACGCGCAAAGGAGGGAUAGCAGAGCGUUUCCGAGCCAGCAUAAUUCCAUCUCCACAAUGGAAGCCUGCCGUCUGUCAGGUAAAUGGAAACAAAGAAGCCUUGGAAUAUCUCACCGUGCACAGUGAACAGAAUUAAUACUAGAAUUGGACAAGGAAUAUCUUUUACAAAAGCCUACUGGUGAGACGAUCGAAGAUGAGGUGAUGAAUCUAAACACUUCCGAAUGAGAUAUAUCACGCACCCAAAUUGAAAUACCGUGUUCUGCAUAAGCAAGAGGAUGAGCAUAUUAGUAGGCCUGUUCAACUUGGACAAACAGCUUAUUGAUAUGUUAGCAAGCCUGUUCAACUUGGAUAAAUAGCUUAUUGACAUAUUAGCAGGCCUGUUCAACUUGGACAAACAGCUUAAUAGCAUAUUAGCAAGCCUGUUCAACUUGGACAAACAGCUUAUUAGCAUAUAAGCAAGCCUGUUCAACUUUGACAAACAGCUUAUUAGCAUAUUAGCAGGCCUGUUUAAUUUGGAGAAACAGCUUACUGACAUAUUAUUAGACCUGUUGCAUUUGGACAGAGCUUAUGGACAUGGUACAAGAAAAGUGCUAAAAUUAGACGAAUUUUGCUAUAUACAACUUGUACAUAGCGUAUAGUUAUAUUGCCGUAUCACAAUACAAUCGAUUCAUAGGAAGGUAUCCGAUAUAUAUUAUUAAAGCUUUAUGUUGAUGCUGUCUAGCCUAGUCCAUCGUACAUUAUGCUUAUUGUGUCACAGUCCCAUUGUCUGUCAUCUGUUAGGAGUUGUCUAUUAUAUCCUUUCUGUGUAAUAAAUGUUUAACAAUGAUAAACCAUUCACCUGAAAUAAACAUUAUUUGAUGUUAAUUUUAACCUGAAGUGAAUUCGUGUGCAGCCAAUCGAACAGACUCUCUCAGGAGGAAGUUGUCCUCUCGAAUUAUGAAAAAAAAUAUAAAAAAAAAAAAAUGUUUCGAAUGAUAGAAUAGAUACUCUAAUGAUGAUAUAAUGUGAGAAUCUGUACCUUAUUUAUUGAUAAUUGCAAUUAAAACCGGAAUAAAACCAAUUAAAAAAGCACUGAUUGGAGGGAAUAUCCAAUGCGGUGCUCCACUAUUUAUAUGUAAAUGAGUCUCAGAAAAUGUGUCAUGCGCGCAUACCCAAACUGGUUUGUUUUGAAGAAUAGCGGAAUAGCGAUCAAUGCCACGUAUCAGACGAUCAGACGUACUGAUUGUUGCCACGAAAGCAAAGAAAGGGACUGGGUAAAAACACAACAUUAACUACGACUUACAGAGUCAAUUUGAGUCUGUUAGACAAAGGUUUGAGAUACAAUAAAAGUGAGAAGCCAUCAUGAAUUGGCAGUGCAACUUCUCGGCAUCUGAUUAACAAGGUAACUUUUUUCUGUUUAUGAUCUUGGGCGCGUGCAGGGUAGGUUCACUUUCUAUUUUGAGAUGUUUAUUACAUGUUUUACUGAUGAAUUGUUGAUGUUACUCUGCAGAUUUGACGGGAAUUAAAUGAAGGUAAACCCAUAAGGGAUUACGAAAUUUAACUUGAUGCAGUUUUAUAUUAUUUUUAAACAAAAACAUAGAAAGGUUUGAAAAUUCAGUUAAGUCAUUACUUUCUUAAAAUAACCAAUAAAGAAACGAAACUAUGAUAAAUGCUGUGGUUUUCCAUCUGCCAUGUCUGAAAGCAUUUUGGUUUGUUUAAGGUCAACUGCUGAGAACAUUUCAUAGCAUAUCUCUCUGGCCCAUUGUACUGUGACAUAAUCCAUGUAUCUCUCUUGACCCACUUUACUGACAAUGGGAUGGGUCAAGUUUUUCUGAGUGUUCAACAGUAAGUGAUAUUCAAAUGAUGUAUGGAUAUCAUCUUAAAUUAAAUCGCCGUUUUCAGCCUUGAGGACGCAGCCCUGAUGUAACAUGGCUUA